CCCCCGGUGCCCGCGCGGCCUGCGGCAGCAUGAAAAAGAGCCAGACAGUGCAGGGCACCUUCAGCAAAAUCUUCGGCAAGAAGCAUGCCAACCCAAACACCACCUCUCUCUACGCGACCAAUCCUCCCUGGAUUUUCACCCAAGAGGCCCCGGAGGAGGGGACCAGGGACUUCGAUGGGAUUUAUUAUGGAGACAAUCGGUUUGAUGUGGUCAGCGAGUCAGGAACAGCCACGCUGAAAGCUCGGCCAAGAGUUCGGCCCCUACUGACCUUCCUUCCACUGAAUGCCCAGGAGAACCAUGGACUGGCUGUGCCUACCCCCUCUGUCCCAGAAGACUUUGCAGACAAAGAAGUGACAGGUGCCAGCUCACUAGUCAAUGGCAACCUCCGGCUAUACAGCUCUGUGGGUGACCUACGGCCUGGGCACUAUGGCCAGGACCUGCUCAUCCCCCCGCCUCCCCCAGGCCCGGCCCCAGGGCCACCCCCAGGGCCACCCCCAGACACCUCGCAACCUCGAGGGGCAUCCCCACCAUCACCACCACCUUCCAGGGCUUCCCUACCACCUGCCCUGCGGCUGGAACCCCCGCCCCCACCCAGCAUGGCCCCACCUCCACCCCCAGUCCUGGGGGCCCUGUCCCCUCCAUCCACACCCACCCCUCCUGAUUUCAUUCCCCCUGCCCCGCCCUUGGCCUUUCUAGCCCCACCCCCACCCCCUAUGCCAGCCCCAGCACCCCCAGCUCCAGUGUCUCCUCAUAUGAAGAGCACUCACCUCUUUCCCCCUGCCGGUGUCACCAAAUGGAAAUCAGAUGUAGCACUAAAUGGCAAGCAGCCAGAGGCCCCCAGAACCAGCCCCCCCAGGAGCCCUGCUGAGCCAAAGGGGAGCCCUCUGGGACCUAAAUCAGAGCCCCACCUCACCUUUCCCCGUUCGUUCAAGGUGCCUCCCCCAACCCCAGUCAGGACUUCAUCCAUCCCGGCUCAGGAAGCACAAGGGUCUCCUCCAGAGGAGGAAGGGACCACCAAGAAGGCCCCCGGUCGACUCCCUCUGCCUCCCAACUUCCACAUCCGCCCCGCAUCCCAGGUCUACCCAGAUAGGGCCCCUGAACCAGAUGGCCCCGGGGAGCGCAGUACUGCGGCACCUGCCAGCCCGAGGCUGAGCCAGUCCCAGACCCCAACAAAUGAACAAGCUGAAACUCUAUCCCCAGCCUCUCCCCUGCCCAUUCCCACAGCCCCGCCCCCUCCCCCAGCACCCCCACUCCCUCCGCCAGCACCCCCGCUGCCUCCCCCAGCACCCCCUCUUCCCUCAGCAUCCCUGCUCCCUCCCCCAACAACCUCCCUUCCCCCAGCUGCCCCUCCUUUGCCUUCUGAUGAGAAGAUGGCUCCUCCACCUGCUAGGUUUAUGAAAAGCCCCAAAUCUAGCUCCCCUGCUCCCAAACCCAAACCCAACCCCCCCAGCCCAGAGGACACAGCCUCUUCAGAGCCUGUGGACUGGCGGGACCCCACCCAGAUGGCAAAGCUUCGGAGCGAGCUGGCAGCCUACCUCUUUGGGUCCAGGAGAGAGGACCAGCAUAACAGUCACCGGCCAGGCCCAAUGGCGGCCUCUCAGGGAAAGGAGGGCAAGAAGAGCCCCAGCCUGCCGAAGAAGGAGGCUCCCCCCAGCCUGCCAGAGAAGGGGGCCCCCCCGAGUGAUCCUGAGAAGAGUCGCAGUCCAGAGAGAGAGGCUACUGCCAGCCUGCCCCUGCCCCCUGUGGACUACAUUCCCCAGGACUCUCCGACUCCCAGGGUCCAGCAGAUCCGGAAUGAGCUGGAAGCCCGGCUUUCCUUAGCAGAGAAGGAAUCCAAGCCCGGCAAAGGGUCUCUGCCCCCUAAACCUCGGCUAGAAGGGGGAAGAAUCUUUGAAAACAGAGCUGAUAAUGGCCAAUUCUCCAAACCUGUGGCCAAGAAUAUACCACCAUUUUCCACCACCCCUCUGCCAACGACACCACACCAGUCCAAGGCCACGUCUGGACCAGCUACACCACCCAACUCCACACCUGCUACAGUCACGAGUGGGCCAGCCAUGCCACCCAAGGCCACACCUGGACCAGCCGCAUCCGGACCAGCUACACCUGGGCCAGCCACACCACCCAAGGCUGGGCCUGGGCCCGCCGUACCGUCCGCAGCAACAACUCUGCCCACCACAUCAUUCCAGCAGACAGCGGAGAAGAACCUAGCCCCAGCUGAGCAGUGGAAAAAACCAGAACCUCAAGAAUUUGCGGUGCCUUCCCAGCCAGAGGCAGAAGGGCGCCCCUCAGAGGCCAGUAAGCUUCCCACACAGGGAGCCCUCUCAUCUCCAGCCCUCCCACCCAAGAUAGCCCCUGGCAGAGAAGCGACAUCUUUCUAUAGGCCUCACGUAGAGAACAGCGCCAGCCAAGAGGUUGCCGUGGUGAUGCCCACCAUGGCCAGAGGAGAGGCUGCCAGGUCAGGGGAGCCUGUGGAUGCGAAGGAGCCCCAGGGGCUGCCAGCUAAACCCCUAGCUUCAGCCCAGCUUGCUGACGAACUCCUCAGACACCCGGUGACCGGCGAGGUGGUGGAGCGGGGCUCCCCGAUGGCCCUGCUCCUUGCAGCCAGGCAGAGGGCCCAGAAGGGGCGGUCUCGAGGGGCUGGCCUGAGUCGGUCCUCCCUGCCAGGGAGUCUCCGUGGCCACAGCGACCCGCCCCAGGCAAGCUCUGACAGCAUCUUCCUCAAGGACGGCCGGCCCAACUCCUUCACUGUGGUCCCCAGGGUACCCACGGAGGCUGAGAAGGACCCCCAGCUGGCCUCCUCAGUACAGCCCACCAUUCCCCAUUCAUGGAAGGCCCAGUGGGACAGAGACCCAGAGGGCACGGAGCCAAGCCGAGGACACAAGUGGACCAAGGCGGAGCCCCCGGCCCGCGCGGCCUGGGAAAGACCAGCGUCCUCCAGCGUCCCCCAGGGCCACCUGUUGCCCAAGUCCUUCUCCUCGCCUUCUUCUCCUUCCUUCAAGGGUCAGGAGGAGAAGUUUAGCUUUGAGGUCAUCCCACCACCGCCAGAGUUCAGCAAUGACCCUGAGCCCCCAGCCCCGGCCCUCCAGUAUCUGGGCCGCGGGGGCUCCCCUCCCGGGAACAAAUUUUCAAACUUGGGGAAGCCCCUGGACGUGGGCCCCGCAGCCUCGGCGCGUUUUCUGGGGGGUGAGCGCUACUCGGGGGCCGGAGGCCUGGAGCGCUUCUCGAGGGGGAGCCGCUCGCUCAUCAAGAAGCGCCUGUAUGUCGGCGAGCCCCACCGCAGCCCCGGGCUGUCCCGCGGGGGCAGCGGCCGCAGCCUGAGCUCCCCCAACUGCUGUGGGACGCAGCCCGGGGCGCCCGGAGGCCCGGAGGUGCGGCGCGUCAACUCUGCGGGCCGAGCUCGCCCCGGCGGCCUGGGAGCGCGGAGGAUGUCGCUGGAGGGUUCGGCUCGCGUGGAGGCCAAGUUCAAAGCUCCGGGCAAAGGUCCCAUUGGUGACCGCGUUCUCCCCUCUGCUACCGCUACCGGAAGGUCUCCCCGCAGCACCCCCCACUAUAGAAGCCCCAUCAACACGUUCACCGUGAGGCCUGGGACCCGCCACCCCAUCUCCUAUGCCUACUCAGGAGCCCACCGGAAUGCCCCGUCCUGAGCCCAGGGUUCGGGCAGCUCUACUCCAAAGGCUCAGAUUGGGACCCUUGUUUUCGUGGGGGUGGAGGGACGCAGCAGGAGAUAGGCAGCCUGACUCAGACACAGAGGAGCCUUUGUUCCCCGAAGGCAGGGAGAUGGACAACGAACGAGAAGCGGUGGCUCCAGGAAGAUCAAGAGUGGACGGACCUCUGUUUCCCGGUGUGCUGCGGACUGUCUGCGGAUGGGGGUGGGAGGGGCAAA